GGGCGAUCAGGUCAAGGGAUGAGUACAGCUCUGAAAGUUGAAAGACUUGGAAAGAAUUCAGGAGUUAUUGUAAACGAACAUGAACAGGGUUCUCGAGGUUUACUGCAGUACUUUUAUGAUGAUGAAGCCGUCCGUAUAUUUGUGGAAUUCACAAACGUAGGUCAAGCUAUCAAAGCUUUCGUGGAUUUGAAUGGACGAUUUUUUGGUGGUCGUUCUAUAAAAGCUUCAUUUUAUGAUCUCGAAGCUUAUAACUCUAACCAGUUUAACCGAUAG